GCCUCGCGCUCUCACUGAGGCAAACACUACUUGCCGGUACAGAGUGUGAAUGACAAGCUCACCAUCAAACGGUGGCUCAAAAUCGAGGUCGAGGUUCUCCGCAGCUCCUCCUCACUAGCUGUCAUGUUAUUCCAUGUCGUGUUGCUUCAAGUUCUCCUGUCUAUGUUCUCGAGCCUGAUGGGCUCAGCCUACGGGUACAUACCGGCGCAGCCUUCCAACGACACGAGUCAGAUGAAUGGCAUGAAUGCGUCGAGGUUGAUUCUUCAGUGGUACUCGAAUGGUGCGGAUUGGGAGUACGUGUCCUACCAGCUUGUGGGCGCAGAUAGCAACGGUACCACUAAGGGGGCACUCGUACACUUCACUGAGGGUCUAGCAGUGAACGAGACAACAACCACCCCUUGGAUAGCUCUUGUAUCGUGCGAUGCUAAUGCAACGAACUAUUCUGAUGGGGUCGACAUAUUUACGAUGGCGAGCAGCGCAGGUGCUCAAUCUGCUCUUCUGUAUUCUCUUUAUUCCCAAACUUGCGCCAUCAAUCCAGAGUAUGCUGAUCCCGCUAAUUUUGACCAAGUCUUCGAUAUAUUCUCAACUCAGUCAAGAUCGGUCUCGAGAAACAUUCAAUACGAGUUCGGGCAAGGUGGACUCACUAAUCUAUCUCUUUAUGAAAACUUCGAUGCAAGUACCUUGAAUGCAUCCAAAACAAUAAUCGACCAGUCUAUAUCGUCAGGCUAUCCUACCGCUCCUGGCUAUCUACUUGCAACUCUGCAGGCUUGGAAUGCCACAGGAAUCAACUCUACGGGGACAAGUGACAAUAACAAUGGCUCCAAUAGCACGACUACAGAUCAAGGUAGUAAAAAAGAAACAGGUUUAGCUAUGAUCAUCCUAUAUGCUAUCACCGGCUGCGUUUCAGCUUUAUUUUGCAUUGUCAUCAUCUCAGGAGCAAUUAGGGCAAUACGUCACCCUGAGAGAUAUGGUCCCCGAAUGGCGAAUGGCGACCCCCGUGGCUCACGGGGCGGGAGCCAAAGCCGAGCCAGAGGCCUUGGACGGGCCAUUUUGGACACAUUCCCCAUUGUGAAGUUUGGUACUGCGCCGGAUGACGGGGAGGUUUCCACUUAUCCAAGACCCAAGGAUGUUGAGUCGCCCCCUGUCGAUGCCGAUACAACACUGCAACAGUUAAGUGAUGCAGUGGAGAUGGACACCGUCUCCAGUCACGCAGUCCAGCGACCAUUACAAUCAGUGGGAGAGACUAGCGAGAGACAAAUUCCUAUCGCUGGUGCCACAGAAAACGUACAUGGUAGGGAGGAUGCACAAUCUGAUGCACGAGCUGUACCUCGGCUGAUGCUUCCACGACUGCCUGCUACUUCCGAAGCGUCACCGUCUUCAGCACGGGAUGUUAAUCCUCUGAUGCCAGAGGCAAUUGGACGUGAAACAUGUCCCAUCUGCAUUGUUGACUUUGAGGAGGGUGAUGAGUUAAGGGUAUUACCUUGCGAAGGAAAACAUCGUUUCCACCAGGCGUGCGUUGAUCCAUGGCUUUUAGAGCUUUCCGGUUCUUGCCCAUUAUGUCGACAAGACUUUCACGCUCUUGAGACGAUGCUGUCAGGGGGCGCGGGUGAUCGCGAUGCUCUUUCGGUAUCUCCUUCCAACCGGCGUAUCAGCCAAGCACCAUCGAUUCAACAAAAUCGCUUUUCUCGGUAUUUACGAUCGGCACGGCGGCGGCACGGCGAGCUUGGAGAACACGAUAACGAUACUACAGACUCGUCUAUGGUUGCGCCUGGACCAUUUGCUCUGACCCUUUGACCAUUUACACAUAUUUAUUUUUCACUGAUUUGCAUUUAAAUGUUGUACUCAUAGUAUGGACCGCGCUGUGCACGAGUCUUGUGAGAUGGACGAUAGGUAUCUCCGUGUUCUAUUGCUAUGUAAGGUUGCCUCUCUGUAUCUUUACCAUCUAUCUCAUUCCGUCUGAAUCAACUUAACCGAACGC